ACUCCUAUUAUUAUUAUCAUCAUCUAUCCGUCCGUCCAUCUCAGUCCCACAAUUACAUCGAUAAGAAUAAUAACAAGUCGCUCCAGGAUACUAUUUCCACCAAUCCUGAUUUUCAUACUCAAACUUGUUCUUCUUCUCCUUCCUUCCACGGAGGUUAGGUUUAAUUCUUAAGAUGACCACUGAGGCUCCUUCAAAAGUCAUUCAUGUACGAAAUGUGGGACAUGAAAUUUCAGAGAAUGAUCUACUUCAGCUCGUUCAGCCUUUUGGUACUGUCACCAAGCUCGUCAUGUUACGUGCUAAAAAUCAGGCUCUUCUCCAGAUGCAUGAUCUUCCAUCUGCCAUCAAUGCAUUGCAAUACUACACUAAUGUUCAGCCAAGCGUUAGGGGUAGGAAUGUUUACAUUCAAUUCUCUUCGCAUCAAGAGCUUACGACAAUGGAACAAAAUGCUCAAGGACGAAAAGCUGACCAGGAUGCAGAGCCCAAUCGAAUACUCUUAGUUACAAUUCACCACCUGCUCUAUCCUAUUACGGUGGAAGUGCUUCACCAAGUGUUUUCUCCUCAUGGGUAUGUGGAGAAGAUCGUCACAUUUCAGAAGUCGGCUGGUCAGCUACUACAAGUCUUCUCUUUCCAUCUCUCUCUCUCUCUCUUUCACGCUUUUAAGGUUAUGCUGGGUUUUCAAGCUCUAAUCCAGUUCCAAUCACGCCAGAAUGCUGUUAUGGCCAGAGAUGGUCUCCAAGGGCGUAAUAUAUACGAUGGUUGCUGUCAGCUGGAUAUUCAGUUCUCAAACCUCACUGAAUUACAAGUGAACUAUAACAAUGAGCGUUCAAGGGAUUUCACGAACCCGUCUUUACCAUCUGAGCAGAAAGGCAGAUCCUCACAACCUGGUUACAGCGAUGCUGGGGGACUAUAUUCACUGCAACCUUCUGGAGCUUAUCCACAGAUGGGAAAUGCUGCAGCUAUUGCAGCUGCAUUUGGAGGAGGAUUGCCUCCUGGGAUAAGUGGUACUAAUGAAAGGUGCACCGUCCUGGUUUCGAAUCUGAACUCUGAUAAAAUUGACGAGGAUAAGCUUUUCAACCUGUUCUCGAUUUACGGGAACAUCAUAAGAAUCAAACUUCUUCGCAACAAGCCAGAUCAUGCACUUGUUCAGAUGGGAGAUGGUUUCCAGGCGGAGUUGGCUGUGCACUUUUUGAAGGGCGCCAUGCUUUUUGGUAAGAGAAUGGAGGUGAACUUCUCAAAAUUUCCAACCAUCACAACAGCACCAGAUACACAUGAAUACUCAAAUUCGAAUCUGAACCGGUUCAAUCGAAAUGCCUCGAAAAAGUAUCGAUACUGCUGCUCCCCAACUAAGAUGAUUCACCUUUCUACUCUUCCUCAAGAGAUCACAGAGGAGGAGAUUGUGGCCCACUUCGAAGAGCAUGGCGCAAUAGUCAAUACCAAACUUUUUGAGGCAAACGGGAAGAAGCAGGCUCUGGUGCUGUUCGAAACCGAGGAGCAGGCAACUGAAGCUCUUGUUUGCAAGCAUGCAAUCACCAUCGAAGGCUCUGUAAUCCGCAUCUCUUUCUCCCAGUUGCAGUCCAUCUAACUUAUGCUGCAAGUCUAACAUUUAUAUGUUUGUAUUCUAUUUCCUACCUCCUAGUAGUUAUGUUUGCUUUCGUUUCUCUUUCUUCUGUGGGCUAUCCCUCUUCCAUGUUUUAUUGGAACUUGUAUGCUUCACGGCUGCUGCUACUUUCAAGGCUUUAAGGUAACGAACAAUUGCUGCAUACCGUAAAGGUUCAGCAAAAUAUCUGUGUUGUACCUAUCCAUGGUGUUGUAUGAUACCUGUUUAUGUUCUAUUUCUUGCUUUCGUAAUUCACUA